UUUAAAUCGCGAAAUUUUUCCUUUAACGUAAAAACGAACUGUUUUCGUCAAUUUUUUUGUUUUUGCUCUAUUUCUGGCAGCACGCCAUUCCGACUAUUAGUUGUUCCCAGGAAUUGGCAAUACUAAGAAGUAUUGAAAGGAAUUUCUAGCCGCGCUUUCAAACAAAAAGCGCAUCUAGUUAUUCAUAAUUAUUCAUAUUACUCGUGGAAGGCGGUUGUGUUUUUUGUGAUUGUGAAAUGUGUAUUGUGAAAAAAAUCGAGUGUAAAUCAGAAGAUUAUACAUAAAAUAAAAGGAAAGGAAAGGAAGGAAAAUAUAACGUGAACUUUAAACAAGAUCAUACACAAAUUUGUCUACAAUCAAAAUUUAAGUUGCAAGUUAUAAAUAAGGCAUUGUAAAUUAAUAACUUUAUUUUAAGUAGUUAAAUACUAACUCACAUUUAACAUACAAUAUUUUAGUUAAAAUUAUGAGCAUAAAUAGAAAAACUCUUGCCAAUUUGAUGAGCAAGGAGAAUACACUGUUUAAAGCGUCAGUUGCAAAACAUAGAAAACUGAACGAACUUGCUCAUCAAAUGGAAGGUGAUACCAAUAGCAGUAAUAGUAAUAGAGUAGAUUGUUCUAAUGAAGAUAUGCCUAGUACUCUUAUAACUAUUUCGAAGAACCGUUGCACUCCUCAACUGGUCUCGGCAUUUUAUUAAGUAGUGUAUUAAAUGAAAUAGAAGUAGAUGUAAAUAUAGAAGACAUUAGUUAUAAAUAUUUUUGUAUUCCUUUUGAAGGAAAACAUUUACUUUUACCCAUACUACAUCAUCUUUUUAACGAUUUUUCAAGAUAAUAUUAAAUGGAGUCGGAUCAGAAUAUAUUCGACGAAAUAUGUUCAGAAGUGGAAAUAAGUCAGUGGCAAGAAAAUGACGACAUACAAAUUCGAAGGCUUCAAUUUGGGGUGGAAUGUCCCCAUGACGAGCGCUCUGCACCAAAAAAGCCUGCUCUUCCCAAAAAGUUGUCGUCAUCUAAAGGCAGACACGCGGCAAUAAUAGCUGAGUUAAGCGCUAUCCAGAUAUGCCAGGACCAAAUAUUGGCGAAACUGGAUAGCGUCGGGACCCGUCAACUGGGCGUUGCUGGCCAAGUAGCUGACAUACAAAGUGCCAUUUUCGAUAAGAUGCCGGAACGUGGUGAGGUGCAAGCGCAAAGUAAGCUGUUGCGCGAAUGCAAAGUGCUGACAGCUAGGGUUCAACAGUCUGUCAGUCGCAUCACCGGGGACGCGGAAAGCGAGGAAUCCAUGGAACUUGCUGCCAUGUUUCCCGUAUUAUCGGUGGAGCAAGUGCAGGCUGUUGAAGCCAAGCUGAUAAAUAAAGCUUACGCCGACGCAAUGAUGGGGCUUCUGGCAAGAUCAAAAGGCACGAAAGGGACGGUUGACGGGGUUAUGCGUUAUCUUUUCACAGAUGACGCCAUGUACAGCUUCAACUUAGAAGGAAGAGCAGGAAAGAUACCACUUCUUAGACUUAAGGCGGUUGAACUUAUAUUUGACCUCUUUUCAGAAAAAACAAAAGAAGAUGUACAAGGCGCUAUUAGGAAGUAUGUUCGUUUAAGCCACAAUAGGUCUAACCAAAAAAAAUAUAUUAACAGAAAAACUUCAAAUGUGUAAAUAUGUAAAAUCUUUAAAUAUGUAAAAUCUUGAAAUGUGUAAAUGUGUAAAUAUGUAAAAUCUUUAAAUAUGUAAAAUCUUGAAAUGUGUAAA